AUGCCCCCGUGUCCUCCCCAGCAGAGCAGGAACAGAGGGACACAGCUGCCCACUCUGGAGCCGGGAGAGAUGGAACUCACUUGGCAAGAGAUCAUGUCCAUCACGGAGCUGCAGGGCCUAAAUUCUCCAAGUGAACCAUCAUUUGAACCCCCAGUUCCCACCCCCUACCCAGGACCCCCACCAGCCCCAACUUACUGUCCCUGCGCUGUUCACCCAGAUACUGGCUUCCCUUUCCCUCUACCAUCUUAUGAACUCCCGGUACCCACAUCUCAUAUUCCAGACCCCUCAUAUUCCUACAGCAAUAUGGCCAUACCAGUCUCUAAGCCCCUGAGCCUCUCAGGCCUGCUCAGCGAACCCCUCUCUGAUCCCUUGACUCUCCUGGACAUUGGGAUGCCAGCGGGGCCACCCAAACCCCAAGAAGAUCCGGAAUCUGACUCAGGAUUAUCCCUCAACUAUAGCGAUGCGGAAUCUCUGGAGCUUGAAGGGACAGAGGCUGGUCGGAGGCGCAACGAGUAUGUAGAAAUGUAUCCAGUGGAGUACCCCUAUUCACUUCUGCCCAACUCUUUGGCCCACCCCAACCCCAACUACACCUUGCCACAUACCGAGACCCCCUUAGCCUUAGAGCCCUCCUCAGGCCAUGUGAGAGCCAAACCCCCUGCACGGGGGGAAGCAGGGAGUCGAGAUGAACGCCGGGCCCUGGCCAUGAAGAUCCCCUUCCCAACAGACAAGAUUGUCAACUUGCCGGUGGAUGACUUUAAUGAGCUGUUAGCACGGUAUCCGCUGACCGAGAGCCAGCUGGCACUAGUUCGGGACAUCCGACGGCGGGGCAAGAACAAGGUGGCCGCCCAGAACUGUCGCAAGAGAAAGCUGGAGACCAUUGUGCAGCUGGAACGGGAGCUGGAGCAUCUGGGCAGUGAGCGGGAGCGACUUCUCCAGGCCCGAGGGGAAACCGACCGGACCCUGGAGAUCAUGCGUCAGCAGCUGACUGAGCUGUACCGUGAUAUUUUCCAGCACCUGCGGGACGAGGCAGGCAACAGGUACUCCCCUGAGGAGUAUGUGCUGCAGCAGGCUGCAGAUGGGGCCAUCUUCCUAGUCCCCCGGGGUAUUAAGAUGGAAGCUACAGACUGA